UUUACACUUGAAACUAAAACAUUCCGCAUGUUACACCAGAAGUUGCGAAACUAAACGCCAGAACUUUGCCCCGCAGUUUGACCUUGUCAGCGGGGACGCAGCGCAGCUGGGGGACGGUUACCUCGGCCGGUGUUCUGUCAGAUGUUGCUGCUUAUCGGUAGCGCGACCUACCGUUCACAAAGUAGCUUUAGGGUGGAUGGGGUGGGGUUAGCAAUCCAUCUCGGUAAGGGAGAAAAAUUUGGCAGAACCCUGGCAAGUGAGGGCCAACAGGGGCGGACAGGAGCUGAUUGAUCAACCAAUCUGUGAUCUAAUAACAUCCCGCCCUUCUUUUGGUGAAUGGAAAACCUUAGAAACGUGUGAGGACAGUGGAAUCUGGACAACAACCAAAACCCUGCCAACUCAAGCUUGUAAUUGAUGAUUGGUCCUCAUGGAUGAAAUAUCCCUCUCUGAAGCGAAGCUCCCGUGACGUGGUUGAAAGCACCCACAAAAGGCACAGUGGGCUGAGGCGGAGUCUUCUCCGUCAGGUGCUGCAUGAUGAACGGCAGCAGCAGUGUCUCCACGGCUCAGGGCGCCAGGAUCAAGAGCGAGCCAGAUGAGUGGAGUAAGGAGGACUGUCUGACUCUGCUCGAGAGGAUCCGCAGUCUGCUGCCGGACGGAGACGCCAUGAAAUAUAAAACCACAGAGUCUCACUUCGACUGGGAGAAAGUUUGUUUCGGCAGCUUCACUGGAGACAUGUGCCGCCAGAAGUGGCAGAAAGUCUCGUCUGAGGUUCGCAAGUACAGAACGAUGACGGAGCUCAUCAUGGACGCCAUCGAGUUCGUAAAGAACCCGUACAAAGGAAAGAAACUGAAGACUCACCCAGAUUUCCCUAAGAAACCUCUGACUCCGUACUUUCGCUUCUUCAUGGAGAAACGAGCCAAAUACGCCAAAAUCCACCCAGAGAUGAGCAACCUGGACCUGACCAAGAUCCUGUCUAAGAAGUACAAAGAGCUGCCAGACAAGAAGAAGCAAAAAUAUAUCACAGAGUUUCAACGAGAGAAAGAAGAAUUUGAGAAGAACAUGGCUCGAUUCAGGGAGGAGCAUCCAGAGCUGAUUGAGGAGCGGAAGAAGUCGGACCUGCCUGAGAAACCAAAAACUCCUCAACAGCUGUGGUACAACCAUGAGAAGAAGACCUAUAUGAAGGUCCACCCUGAGGUGAGUCAGAAGGAGCUGAAGGAAGCUCUGAGGAGACAGUGGUCCCAGCUGCCUGACAAGAAGAGACUCAAGUGGAUCAGCAAGGCCCUGGAGUUCCAGAAGGACUAUGAGGACAGUAUGAGAGCGUAUCAUGAAGCUCAUCCAGAUGUGAACUCAGAUGAUCAUGUUCGGUCUGUCCUCACCAAAGCAGAGCGACAGUUGAAGGACAAAUUUGAUGGACGGCCAACAAAACCACCACCUAACGGGUACUCUCUGUACUGUGCGGAGCUGAUGGUGAACAUGAAGGACGUCCCCAGCACCGAGCGCAUGGUACUGUGCAGUAAACAGUGGAAAAUGAUGACGCAGAAAGAGAAGGACAUGUUUCAGAAACGCUGUGAGCAGAAAAAGAAGCAGUACGACAUAGACCUGCAGAGGUUUCUGGAGAGCCUCCCAGAGGAAGAACGAGACCGGGUCCUGACCGAGGAAAAACUGGGUGGGGCCAAACUGGGAGUGGGCGUGGCCUCUAGCCCUCACAGAGCCAAAUCCCCUUCUGUCAAGGAGCGGGGCCGGGAGGCGGAGCCAGAGCCAUGGAUACCUGCUGGACCACCAAAGGAAAGACGGGAUGGGAAGAAGACAGCUAAGCUUCCAGAGACACCAAAAACAGCUGAGGAGAUGUGGCAGCACAGUGUGAUUGGAGACUAUCUGGCUAAAUACAGAAGCGACCGCAGGAAGGCUCAGGUGGCAAUGGAGGCGGCUUGGAAGUCGAUGGAGAAAAAGGAGAAGAUUCCUUGGAUCAAGAAGGCGGCGGAGGACCAGAAGCGUUACGAGGUUCAGUACCAACCUGUGAGGGAGCUGUCUGAGAUGAGGACUCCCGCAGCCGGUCAGUGUCAGAGGAAGCCCAAGUUUGAUGGGGAACCAAAGAAACCUCCAGUGAGUGGGUAUCAGAUGUUCUCCCAGGAGCUGCUGACCAACGGUGAGCUGAACCACUUCAGCCUAAAGGAGCGGAUGGUGGAGAUAGGGAAGAGGUGGCACAAACUGAGCCAGAGUCAGAAGGACAAGUACAAGAAGCUGGUGGAGGAGCAGCAGGUGGAGUACAAGGCUGAGCUGGAGGCCUGGGUUAAGUCUCUGUCUCCUCAGGAUCGAGCUGUGUACAAAGAGUUUUCGUCCUCGAAGCGUCGCAGCACCGCUAAAGUUCGCAACAGUCCCGGAGCCAAGGUCCAUGUGACGGCGAAGGGGAAGGCGGUAGGUUCAAGAGCCACCACGCCAGGGGUUGCGGUGGGCAAGAGGGCUAUGGCGUACCGAGCCAAGCAGGACAUGUCUGACUCAGAUGAGGAAGAGGAGAAGAGUGAGUCGUCCAACUCUGACGAAGAUGAUGAGACGUCAGGAACCACUGACAGUGACGAUGAUGAUGAUGAUGAUGAUGAGAAUGAUGACGACGAUGAGGAGGAUGAGGAAGAUCAGACCUCCUCAGAAGAAUCCAGUGACUCAGACUCAGACUAACUCCACCGCUUCCUGCUCAUUGGAGAGGAUAGGCUGUGCAGGCCACACCUCCUCACAUGCCAGUCAUCCCGGCAGACCAGUGAGAAGCGAUGAAGUGGCACUGCCCGUCCCACCUCCCUGUGAAGGGGCGGAAUGUAGUGGAGCGUUUUGUUACCCCUUUGUUUUUUAAUCGAGUGUUGGUUUUUAUCAGAUGGACAUUUCAGAUGGGCAGAGGUGGUUUUGUUUUUGCGCGGGUGAGGCUAGGGGUGGGGUUUGUACAGUUUGAUGGACAGGGUUAAAGCAGAGCCUAUUGGUUGUCAUUAGUUACCGCUGAGGGAGGAGACGGUGUUGAACCUCCAAUUAGCCAUCUGCCUGAGAAAAUUAACUAAUAAAUGCACUUUUUCUCA